UAAAUAACAAGUGCUUUCCGUCCCCUUUGCUGCUCUAUUGCCGGGCACAGUCAAUAAUCAUAGCUUCUUGGGACAUUGCUCUCAAGUAUCCUUCUCUUACCUAUUAUUUGCAUUAUCAAUUGGCAAGAUGAACGUCGCAGACCUGGAAAUGGAGAGGAACGAGAGGGAUGCCUCGCCGGAGAGGUUCGAAAACACUCCUCAUGGCAGACCAAGCCAUGAGAUCGAACGAAUUCCUACCGCAUCAAGUUCCUCUACCGACUCGUCUGAGAACUCAGCUACUCGCAGAGACAGAAAUAUGAGCCGAGUCUCGACACAGCGCGAUCUCGAAAGACAUCCAACAGUCCUUAGUCGAAUCCAAACAGCGAAAAGUCAACAUACUGGCACAGUUGGACGUAGCCUCACGGGCAAGAGUAGGGAAAGCAGAAGACCUCUACCAGAGAUGGGGCUUGGGAAGCCAUACCCACCUCCUCUGCCAGAGCGUGAGGAAUAUGUGGUUGAGUUUAAUGGACCAGAUGAUCCCCUACAUGCGCAGAAUUGGCCAAUGAAGAAGAAGCUUCUUACUGCAGUUAUGCUUGGAUAUACCACACUGAUAGCAGCUUUCACGUCAAGCAUCUUUUCAACAGCGACUACCACGGUGGCAGCAGAAUAUCAUGUGUCGGCCGAGGUUGGUCUUUUGGGACUUUCACUCUACGUCUUGGGUUUUGCGCUUGGUCCAACAUUUUGGGCGCCUCUGAGCGAAUUGAGAGGACGAAGAUUACCAUUGGUGAUAUCAAUGUUUGGAUUCUCAAUCUUUCAGGUUGCUGUGGCUGCAGGCAAAGAUCUGCAAACCGUCUUGCUGUGCCGCUUCUGGGGUGGCAUGUUUGGUGCUUGCCCAUUGGCCGUUGUUGCAGCUGUGUUCUCAGACAUGUUCGACAACAGAACCCGUGGUAUGGCUAUUACAGUAUUUUCAAUGACCGUCUUCACUGGUCCUUUACUUGCACCCUUUAUCGGAGGUUUCAUCGUUGAGAGUUACCUUGGCUGGCGAUGGACAGAAUGGCUUCCUGCCAUUAUGGGCUUCUCAGCUUUCACUCUCGACUUCUUGUUUCUCGAAGAGACCUACCCUCCUGUUAUCUUAGUAUCCAAGGCUGCUGAGCUUCGCAGAAGAACGAAGAACUGGGGAAUCCAUGCCAAGCAGGAAGAAAUCGAGAUCGACUUCAGAGAAUUGGUAACCAAGAACUUUUCUCGUCCGAUGCGCCUCCUCUUUACCGAGCCAAUUGUGCUCCUCCUUUCCAUUUAUAUGGCUUUCAUCUACGGGCUUCUUUAUCUUUUUCUCACGGCGUAUCCGAUCGUUUUCCAGCGCAUUCACGGCAUGUCACCUGGGGUAGGAGGUCUUCCUUACUUUGGUAUGAUCAUCGGCAUGCUUUGCGCUGGACUUUUCGUCAUCCUUCUUCAACCAAGCUAUAACCGAAAGCUGGCUGCCAACAAUGGUGUUCCAAUCCCUGAGUGGCGUCUGCCACCCGUGAUCGUUGGAGGGGUCUCCUUCGCUAUUGGGCUCCUCUGGUUCGGAUGGAGUGGUUACAAAGAAUCCAUCCAUUGGAUUGUCCCAACUCUCUCCGGUCUCUUCACAGGAUUUGGUCUCCUCGCCAUUUUUCUGCAGUCUCUCAACUAUCUUGUCGAUGCGUAUCUUAUGUUCGCAGCUUCCGCAAUUGCUGGAAAUACUUUCCUUCGAUCUCUUGCGGGCGCAGGAUUUCCAAUGUUCUCACAGUACAUGUUCGCUUCUCUACACGUAAAUUGGGCAGGCACUCUGCUCGGCCUCGUCGCAUUCUGUCUCGUCCCUAUUCCAGUGGGAUUCUAUUUCUACGGCGCGAAGAUCAGACAAAAGAGUGCAUUUGCUCCAACCAAACCGAUGGAGCCCAUCAGCGAGGAAGAGGAACCUCCCGCUAUGCUAAGUGAGAAGCAGGAGACGAGAACUUCUGGAGCAAAUGCUGUUUGAUACGGUGUCGUUAAAGCGUGUUUUGUCGAUAGAUUUUUGUUUAAUAAGUCGAUAAUACUGCUUCGAUUGAGUUGGGCGAUUUAAAUUGGGCGUUGCGAAUGAUAUCCAUGCUUGGGAAGGGCGUUUUCUGGGAAGCGCUCGAGUGAUGGUGAAUUGGGUGAGCAGUGAAGGGGAGUAGUAACAAUA